GGUCUCGGGCCCUCAGGCGGAGCGGUGGGCGCCGGACCCCCAGAUGGAGCGACAGGUCUCGGGCCCUCAGGCGGAGCGGCGGGCGCCGGACCCCCAGGUGGAGCGACAGGUCUCGGGCCCUCAGGCGGAGCGGCGGGCGCCGGACCCCCAGGAGGAGCGACAGGUCUCGGGCCCUCAGGCGGAGCGGCGGGCGCCGGACCCCCAGGUGGAGCGACAGGUCUCGGGCCCAUAGGCGGAGCGGCGGGCGCCGGACCCCCAGGAGGAGCGACAGGUCUCGGGCCCUCAGGCGGAGCGGCGGGCGCUGGACCCCCAAGCGGAGCAACAGGUCUCGGGCCCCCCAGGGGAGCGGCGGGCACCGAGUCACCAGGCACGACAGUGGGCUCCGAGUCAACUGGUAUGACCGCAGGCACUGGGUCAGACAUUGUAUGGUCUGGCUGGACAGCGGGCAUCGGACCACCAGGCAUCAGGUCAUUUGGCUCGACAGCGGGCACCGCGUCAUCUGGCAAGGCAGUGGGCUCCGAGUCAACUGGUAUGACCGCGGGCACUGGGUCAGACAUUGGAUCGUCUGACCGGACAGCGGGCAUCGGGUCACCAGGCAUCAGGUCAUUUGGCUCGACAGCGGGCACCGCGUCAUCUGGCAAGGCAGUGGGCUCCGAGUCAACUGGUAUGACCGCGGGCACUGGGUCAGACAUUGGAUCGUCUGACCGAACAGCGGGCAUCGGGUCACCAGGCAUCAGGUCAUUUGGCUCGACAGCGGGCACCGCGUCAUCCGGCAAGGCAGUGGGCUCCGAGUCAACU